UCUUCGCAUUUCUCCCCCUCACUUUCUCUCCACGUUUUCCAGAAAUCCCAGCAGGAUGGGCGCCGCACCACUAUCCCUAUCGGUCCGAAGUCCACAAGCAUGCGCCGUCGCUCAAGCACACAGGCUGCGUCCGUCAGCGUCUCGCCAACCGCGAUUCAAAGGGCUGCUAGCAACACGCCAGACGAGCCCGGCUCGUCUUCGUCGGCGGCGGCGGUGAGAUCGAGCAUCGCCAGCAGGGCGUGCGACGCUUGCCGUGCCCGGAGGAGGAAAUGUCACUUUGACGGGUCUUCGUCCCAUGCUGAGGGCCCGCCGAAGACCCAGUGUCGUGAUUGCUCCAAACUCGGCAUUCCGUGCAGCUUCCUGGUCCCCACGAGGCCGCGGGGCCCCAAACGAAGGAAACGUCUCCCAUCAAAUUCGGAUAGGAGCUCGAGUGAGCUUCUCAAUGAAACGGGGAGUCGUCGAGGAGAGGCUGUAGAGCAGCAAGCUUCCGAGCCUGCAGUGCGCAGUGAGCCUGUCCUCAUCUUGCCAGACCAUACACCUCCCUCGAGACCUUUGCAGGCCAGGUCUCCCUAUGAAGCCUCUCAUCCAGUCCUUCAUGGCCCUUCUCCACGUGCGGCUGUUCCGGCCCAAACAAUAUCAUCCUCGGUAACCAGUGCAGGGUUUCCGACCGAUGAGCUGUGUUCGAGAGCACUUAUACACAUCUUGAUGGCAGACUAUCUCGACUUAGUCUACCCGCUGGUCCCCGUCGUCCAUCGGCCCAGUUUCCGUCAUGACCUGGCCACAAACCGCGACAUCACCGACCCAGACUUCUUUGCUGUGCUGAUGAGCCUGGCCGCGCUCACGGUUGGAUUAUUGCCGUCACGAUUUCGCGACUAUCGGGCUGUUGAUCCCGAAGCUGCCAUGCGGUUCGAGAACAGAACGGCACUCAUCAACUGCUGCGCGGAGAUUUGCACUCGACAACGGACUGCAAGCUACUGGGACCACAUCAACCAUCGGAAAUGGGCCGUUUGUUACGUUCUUUCCGUCGCCUGUUUCCAAACGGGCCAGGUCAACCGGAGCCGGAUGUUUGAUGUGGAGUACUUGCAAGUAUCGCGACUACUGGGGCUCCAUCGAAUCUCCGAGUACGAGGGCCUCAACUGCAUCGAGACCCAGUUGCGUAAAAAGGCCUUUUGGAUGCUGUUCUACGGCUAUGCACAUACUAGAGUGCAAGCCGGACGCUGGGAGCGUCUGACGUAUUUUGGCCCGGGUGAACUCCGCGAGGUCAACUACGAAGCUCUCAUGCCCCUCGACAUUGACGACGAACACAUCUUUAGAGACAGGAUCCUGGACCCCGUCUCUCCAAUGGCAUCGCACGGGACGCCUUCCGCCAACCCACGGGAACACUGUCCACCGUUCACGCUCACCAGCGGCUUCAUCAUACACUCCCGCGUGUUUCACAAGGGUCUCCAGGAAUCCAUAGCUACCUUGGGCUGCGAGUGCGAGCUGCGCCGUAGCCCCGCCCUUCGUCUCGCACGUAUGCGCGAUCUUCUCCAAGAGAUGAGAUACAUGCUCGACGACGCGCCGGGUCCCAUGCGGCAAUGGGCGUCUGCCGAGACUUCCGAUGCGGCUCCUGGCACCCCGCGGUUUGACGAAGAAAGAGCUGCUGCUGCUUCUGCGUCUAGCUACGGCAGUCCGGCUGACUAUAGCCGUGCGACAGAGAGCGGCUCGUACUUGUCAGUGCUACAGGGUCAAGCCGAGAUCAUGAGGGCCAACAUCCACGUCACGCACUUGUGGUUGCAGAGCUUGCUGCUGGAACAAAUCGACGUGGUCACUCAAGAGAAUGCGAUGGCUCAUCCCUCGACGACGACAGGACCUGAGGAUGUGUCAACAGCCUUGAAGGCCAACUGGGCUGAGCGAGAGGACAUUUGCCGUCAGAUGCUGCACUUGCUACAUAGUAUACCAUACGUUCACCUAGAACCUAAUGGCCUCUAUCUGGCGUAUAAGGUUCGUGACGUGGCUGUCACGCUACUUAAUUGUCCCUUCGAAGCGCAUGAACGGCCUGCCCGUCGUGCGGUGGAGUAUAUGAGAGACUUUACCCGCGCAUUGUCGCGGCUCGAUCGAAGUGAAACUGUCAAUACAAAUAGUUUGAAGAGUUGGAUUGAUAUAGACCGUGAGCCAGCAAUCUAA